AUGGUAGAUGACGAUAUGAUUGCUAUGGCUUAAGGAAAGUUGAAUCCUCAAUAGGCGUUUAUGCAAGGGAAGAUGAAAAUCAAGGGAAAUAUGGCUGCAGCAACGAAAUUCACCCCAGAUCUGUUGCCAAAGGAUGCAAAACUUUGA